GAGUGCAGAGCGAAAAGAAAAUCAAAUUUCUUGUGUUGACUGGAAGAUGUCAAUUCUGUGAAUUGAAGUGAAUGCAACUUGUUUGAAUUUUGUUGGAUGGAUUUAUUUCACGUAAUAUUAACAACACAAUUUUGAGCCAUAUAUACAUAUAGUAAUGGAAUUAGAUCAUGUAUUGCUCAAAGUCCAGGGUAUUCUCAAAACCAAUAAAACCAAAAUAAUAGAAGUACAAAACGUGGUUAAAGAUGAUGAACGUGACUGUAAGGAAAUAAUAACCUUAAUAAAACAUGUAAUCAAAGAAUCAAACCAUAAAACUCAACAGAAGUUGUACAUACUAUUAUUUUUGAAUACAGACUUGGAUAUUUGUAAGAAAUUGAAGAAAAAUAGGAAGUAUGUGCAUCUUAUUGGUUUCUUCCCCCAGUUGAGUCAGUAUUUGUUCAUGAAAUUAAUUCUCGGGCUGGAAUUGCAAAAGUGUUUGUAUGAUUCUAUAGUGCAUUUUCCAUCAUGCUUGUCAUACCAAGUGCUUCAAACAACUCUUAAAGCUCUCCACUGGGAUUUGUUUGAAUCUGUUCCCUUAGUAGAAAAUGUUUUGGUUUCUCUUUAUAAUAAAAUGACUCUGAUGGAGGAGGAAGAUAAAUACAAAACCCCUUUCAAAGAAACAUUCCAGACAUUGCUAUUACAUUACGAUGCAGAAAAAGGAGGUACUCUAAGGAUGAUAAGUCAAUUGAGUAGUCAUGAUAUGAAGCAUUAUGCUGGAUUAGUUGUGGCCAGUAUGUUGUCACUUCUUGAAAGAUGUUCUAACAUAUUUUUGAAGAAAGAAGAUGACCCAAAUUUAGAUGAUUUUGUGCUAUAUCGUGUACAAAUCGACGGAGACGUUCCGAAUACAGUUGACAUCACGUCAAAUGAAAGUAAGGACAUUACAGUACAAAAGUGUUACGAGCAUCUAGUGGCCAAGUGCUUGGAGAAUAUCUGUUCGAUUACUGUUGAUCUUUGGCUGUUUUGGUUUGACGUUCCGCUGAAUGAUAUUCCUGACACAGAAGACACUCUUCAGCGAGCAAUUGGUGAAAAAGCAUACACGUGUAUUGAAGUAUUGCGAGAAGUGCAGUUGUACGAUAUCGCCUCUAAAGAAGUUUUUGAUGUAAUAACUAGGCUUAAAAAUAUAGCAUUGAAGCCAAUGUCAGAGGAAGAUAAAGCAAACUCAUUAGAAUUGGACCAAGUGAUAAAUAACAUUACUGAUCCCAGCAAAGAUUCUAUGAAAUGGCUAAGAAUUCUUGUAAAUCAUACUUCACACGCUGUACAGCCUGAAUCUCUUGAAUUCUUAAAAAGCCGUGUCAACAGUUUACAACUUUCUGAUUUCAAGAGUUUGUUAAAAAAUAUAUUUGAUUUUAUCAAGAUCAGCAAAGAUAAUACAGUUCACAAGAAUUUUAUUUUGGAAAUACCAAAGUAUUUGGAUUUUAAUCAUCAAGCACAAUUAUUGGUAGGUUUUCUUGAAAGUUUUGGUUUGUCAGACAUUUUAAAGACAUAUGAUUAUCCAACAGAAUUUGUAGAAACAUUUAAUAAAGUUAUCAGCAUAGACGACAAAGAAAAAGAGGUGUACUCCCAGUUCCUGACUCUUGCGCUGCAGAAGCCAGAUGAUGUGGUGUACAGAGCGGUGAGAGAAGGCAUCAUCAGCGAAGUAAGGGGUCACCUGAUGGCUGACAUCCUCGGUAGACUCCAGCCAGUUUGUGAUACCCCUGUUGGUUCCAAUCCUCUUCUAGUGGUGGCUCUGGAAGAGCUUCUUCUCGAUCUAGCAAGCCUCCCAAUGAAAGAACAAACUAACUAUCCACUUUUUGUACGAGAACUUGUCAUGCGGAAAUGUCUGGAUGGAGACAAACUCAUCAAAGGCUGUCUAAUGUCAAAAAUGCAUCUCCACUUGAAAUCAAAAGAUUGUAUUGUUUUAUCAGCUUGUUUGGAAACACUUUCAGAGCUGUGCGAUAUUAACUGUAUACACAACUGCCCUGCUUGCCUGGUCAUGUUGAUGCAAAUAGUGGAAACUAUGCGUUGGAGUCCACCAACUUUCUCUAUGGCCGCUGUACAUGUGUGUGAAUCAGCAUUGAUCCUGCUUGACGAGUACAUCACUAAAUGGUUUCAUUCUGAACCUGAUGAGAGACAGAUAAGGAGGUUUGCAACGAUGGUGGAGAAGUGUAUCAGUCCUAUGAACCGGUACCAUCUGGCAAGGCUCAUACCUGACGAGAAGCUGCCAGACGAACCCUCACUACAGCUUAUGUACCGGACGUAUUAUGGCAUCGGUGAAUGGAGCAUUGAACAAAUCACAGAAGAGGAGAGAACAAAGUUGGUUUUCGCUCUUUGCUAUGUGUUACCGGUGCUGACAUGUAAGGAAUGGCAGGAACUAUUCUGUGUGGCUACUCCAAAGUGUAGUGAGUUCAUCCUUCUCUUCAAUAUUGUCACCGAUUCUAUGCUGCUGUGUUUGGACUCAACGAAAGCGAAUCCUGAUCCAGCAGUCUUGAACUGCCUCAAGUAUGCAGUAUUAAAUCUCACCGAUGUGGUUAAGAACGAGGUAACUCGGUGGAAUAAAAGUGACAAUGCUUACCGGAUUGGAGUGCUGAGUAAGAUGUCUCAGCUGAUACGCAGUUUCUCAGUGAGUCUGCAAGAGGAGAUGGGGCUGACUGUGGUGAAGGUACUGCAGUCACUGCUGCCUGAGGGCACCCGCCGCCAACCUCUCACCGAGGAAGAGAUAGAGGUUACCACCACCGCCAUAGUCACGAUACGGGCCGGUAAUGUUCGUAAGGCAUUGGCUCGUGAUUUCCUACAGAUGAUUUCUUACAGCGAUAGAUUGACACACUUUGCCGACAACAUUGGAGAAGAAUUCGCCUCGACCAGUUAACCUUGUUUACUAUCAGUUUCAUAUUUGUAUUGCAACAGUCUCUUUUUUGUCUCAAUUUUAUAGGCCAGUCCCUGUUGUGUACUUAUUAUUGUCUUAGUUUAUAUGUUUAACUUAUAGAUACUGUUAAAUGUGUUAGCUUGAAAUUAACAGGUAGGAGGAAGUGAUUUAUUUAACUUUGUGUAGAAGUGGUUCUACUUCAUUUGCUUCCUACUUUCUUUAGCAGUAUUUAGUAAUUGUGAUCUCUGACAUGACAUUCUUGCAAGUUCAUGUUUUUCUAAUAAAGUGAUGUGAAAAAAUCCUGUUUUCUUGUUUAAUUUUCUUGGGAGGGGGAAUGUGACUUUCGUUAAAAUGUUCUAAUUUUUUGUACUGGCAGUUUGGAAGUUACUUUAAAUUGAAAAUUCAAUUGAGUUCAUUUUUGAAAGAUCUUUUUUACCUACUUACUAGAAAGAGUAUGUGUGAGAGUAAUAAAAGUUAAACUGAUCAUUUAUUAAGCCCUGUAACCUCAUUUUGUAACAAAAUUUAUCAAUUACUUUACCAAACCUUCGUUCCUUCCUCAAAUACACUCCCUUUUCCUUGUUCCUACUAUUGUGCAAAUUGUCUUUCAGGACAAGAUAAUUAUUUAAGCAGAAAUAUAAAACCGACUUUAUUACAACUGUGGUUGGUUUUACAAAUUCUUGCGUAGCCUGUGAUAAUACCUUGUGCUAGAUAGUAUGUAUAGGGAUCCUUAUGGCAUUCUUGCCUCAAAGUUGUAUAGAAAUUGUAGAAAUGAGAACUGUAUAUUCUACAGCUAGAGUCUUCAUUGUUGCAAAUCAACACAUCACAAACGUAAUUGUCAUAAAAUGGUUUUUUAAAUGUUAUAUCCUGUUCCUGAACUUUUUUUCCCAUAGCCGCUAUAAAAUUUGUUGGAACAGCAUUUUUUUUAUUUUGUAGUUACUUUUUUAAAUGUUGGUGUUUCAUAUUUUGGCCUUUUAAAUGCAGUAUAAUUUAGUUGCAAUAUUUUAUGUUUUUCUUACAGAUGAAAUCAAGUUUUAAGCUUAUUUACUGAAAUAAAAUUAUGUUCUCUGCUGUAUUCAGUUAUUUUUCUCCAUAAGAUAUUCAUUAUAUAUGUUUCAGUAAUUAAAUAUACAAUCAUUUUGUAAAUAAAUUUGUUAACUUGUUAAAGUCUAUGAGCACACUUGCUUCUUUGAACUUAUAUUAGAACCGUCUGUAAUAGAAAACUGACCUCGUUUCAAAGUGUUCCCAAGACCAGUAAUGCUAAGAUGAAAAUAAUCUUUUAUAAUUUAUCUUGUGUUGUUUACAAGUUUAGUUGGCCAAAAAAAGACUGAAGAGAAAGUAAUAUUAGUCUGUAAACCUUUAACCAGAAUUCUAUUCAAUGUGAAAUUUAACCUCUGUAAUAACUAAGGAAAUGAUUUAUACUUUUUUUACGUUGUUUUCCAAUAAAUAGAUAAGAUUAUUUCA